AUGAGUUCAGUCGAUGUGGCCGCCGCGUAUGCUCCGGAAACGGAGGUGCUUCGAGGACCAGGCCUUCUUGAAUCGAUUGCCACCGUCCGCCAUAGCCUCGGAUUCUACACGGCCGUGUGUUGCGCUGCAAGGUUCUCUAUCUCUUCUGCCGCUUCUCCUGGAUCUCGGACUGGCAACGCGUCGAGCACGCCUUCGAUCCCUACUCUAUCCCUACUCUAUAAUGCGCUACACGAUGUCAUAGCGCAACAUCCACCCCUUGCGCUUGGUGUGCAAGACGAGUCAUCCCCAUCCGUACGCUUUGUGCGGCUCUCGUCCUUCGAUCUCGAGCGCCUCGUCCACGUCGAGCCCCUUCGGGACGAAGUCACACGACAGCGCGCAUUAAACCAACUUAUCGAGGCACGACUCUCUACUCGCUUCGGCGAUCUCGAGGCUUUACCUCUUUGGCGACUCGUGGUAUUCUUGCCUCCAGAGGCCGAAGAUGCAAGUGCGCCGGGAGAGGUCGAUAUCGUGCUGUUCAUACACCACGGCAUCGCGGACGGCGGCAGCGCGGUUAUCUUUAUGCAGGCGCUGUUGGCCGCAUUCAAUGCCGCUGCCGCUCGGCAACCUUUCGAACCCCUUGGGACCAUCGUAACGCCGCCCAAAGCUGCCCUUCUCCCGUCAAUCGAAUCGCUUCACGCUCUCCCCGUAUCUUUCUUCACGCUCUUAGGGAUGGUAUGGCGGUCGUGGUUUCCCGCGUCUCGUGCCGGGCUUUGGACUGGCAAACCCGUUUUCCGGCCGGAGGAUACUGUUCAGACGCGACACGCUAUCCGCGUCUUCCCUGCCGAGACUGCCGCGAAACUGCUUUCCGCGGCACGCGCGCACAAGGUUACACUCACACCCCUUCUCGAAGCGCUCGUCGCGCGCGCACUCUUCGACUCUCUGCCCGAUGAUGGCCAUGCCAAACGCCUUGCGGCCUCAUGUCCGAUCAACAUGCGCGCGUUCAUGCCAGAUCUGAAGCACACCAUCGGCGUCUUUGUAGCUUCGGACGAACACGAGUUCGUACGCGGCGGUGCGGAUGCGGACGUGUGGAAGGAUGCCGAGCGCCUGGGAAGCCAGCUCGCGCGUACGGUGGCGUACAUCAAACAGGGCAAGCAUGUCAACACCGGCUUGCUGCGUUACAUGGGGGAUAUGCGACAGAAUUUCGAGAAGAAGGUCGGCAAGCCCAGGGACCGCUCAUUCGAGGUCAGCAAUACAGGCUCUGUCGACGGCUCAGGCGGUGAACAGGGAUCCUGGAGUAUGAAGCAGCUGAUGUUCACCCAGAGCGGGAGCAUCACGGGCGAAGCGCUGACAUUCAGUGUCAGUUCGGUCAGGGGAGGGCCUAUGACCGUUGCGGUCUCGUGGGUCGAAGGUGUUGUAGACGAGCCGGUUGUGGAUAAGACUUUGGAGAAGCUGGUUUCCUUGGUUAACGACGUAUGCUCUGGGAAGAUGUAG